AUGAUGAAUACUCUGGCCCCGAAAGUGGAAAAGGUAGUUUUCCACGCUAAAACAGCGUGGAAAGCGUUAAAUGGAGUAUUUGCUGUUUACAAACCGCCAAUGGUCACGUAUUUAAACGCACGGGAUACCAUAAUUCUUCGUCUCUGCGAAGAUUUGAACAGUAUGCGGGUACGUCCACCGAUCAAACAUGUGCGCAUUGAAGGUGAUACAACUAGGAAGAUGAAGGUACUUGUACAUCCGAGCUACGCGGAUCAUCCACUAGUCGUAGGUCCACGAUAUCAACCUAAAGACUUCAAAUUAAUAUGCGCUAAUUACCUGAGCAAAGAUAUGUCGGGUCUCAUGGUCUGUGGUAUUAACGAUGGUACCAGCUGGGCUCACAAAUUGAAGGAUUCUAAAUCUCCGACUAGUUAUCGAGUUAAAGGUCUCUUGGGGCAGGCAACGGACACCUAUUUUAUAACUGGGAAAAUCGUUGAAAAAUCUACAUAUAAAUAUAUUAAGCGCAGUGCAAUAGACAAAAUAUGCGCUUCCAUGCAGUCUGCUCAUCAAAGAAAGAUGUUCGAAUUAUGUGGAGUGAAUAUGCAGAGUCAAGCUGCAUACGAGUUAGCUGUACAAGGUCCAGUGAGACCUGUCGAUACAAACAUUCCAAUGAUAUACAACAUAAAAUGUAUAGACUUUACAUCUCCUGAAUUCACAUUAGAAAUUGUUUGCAUUAACGAGAACGACAUGUAUUUAAAAACUUUGAUUCACGACUUGGGAAUUCAACUCCACAGUGUCGCUACGUGCACUCAAAUACAGUGUUUCCGGUAUGGGUUAUUUCAUCUAAAUCUUGCUCUAUUGAAAAAACAUUGGGAGUUGCAAAACAUUUGUAAUAAUAUUGAACAGUGUAACGCUAUAAUUAAUGAAGACAGUUCUUUAUUGAAUCAAGACAAUCCGAUAUUGACAGAACGAGGUAAAUAAUUGAAAUCUUUUUCAAAUUUUAAUCAAAUGUACAUAGUAAAAGUAGGCCAUGUAAAUUGCUAGCAAAAAGGAAGACAGCUGGAAUGAUUUAUACAUAUAUAACAAAUUUCUCGUUCCAUGAGAAAAUAAUCUAAAUCUGUGCAUUAGUAGAAUGAAAGUAAAAUAAAAAUCAUUUAAAUUGCCAUGGUAUUAAGUAACAUACAUGCACAUAUUAAUACAGGCAUGUUUCUUUCAUUCUGCUUGCAACAAUAUGAAUAUAUCAUUAACCAUCAGUUUCUCACAUCAUCAUUUGAUUACCUAGUGAAUUUAUGAAAGAGAAUUUGAACACGAUGGAAAUCGAAAUUAUUUUGUCAUGGAACAAGAUAUACAAACAUUAGAAAAUAUGCAUGUGAAUAUACAUGUAAAAAUAUUAUUUUUAUAACGAAAAUAAAUGUUUGUUCCGCCAAUAAUGUUUAACCAAAA